AUGCAGUGGGUGAAGGUGCUGGGAGGGGUGGUGGGGGCCGCUGCCCUCUUGGGGCUGGGGAUCAUUGUGGGUCACUUUGCCAUCCCCAAGGGGGCUGACUCGCCAGCCCCCAGUGCCUCAGCCUCCCAGGACCUGGACAUGGAGAUCCUCAAGACUGUCAUAGAACAGCUAGAUGCCGACAGGAUCCGGGAGAACCUUAGAGAACUCUCCAAGGAGCCGCAUCUGGCCACCAGCCCCUGGGAUGAGGCGUUGGUGCAGCUGCUGCUGCAGCGCUGGCAGGACCCGGAGUCAGGCCUGGACUCAGCCAGGACCACUGAGUACGAAGUGCUGCUGUCCUUCCCCAGCGAGGAGCAGCCUAACCGUGUGGAUGUGGUGAACUCCACUGGGGCCAUCCUCUUCUCCUGCCGACACAGCGAAGAGAACCUGACUGGGGAGCAGGGGGGCCCCAACGUGGUGCCGCCGUAUGCUGCCUAUGCUCCCCCGGGAACCCCACAGGGCCCCCUCGUCUAUGCCAACCAGGGCUCGGAAGAAGACUUCAAGGAACUACAGAACAAGGAAGUCAAACUCCAAGAUAGCAUCGUCUUGACCCGCUAUGGGGGUGUAGGGCGCGGGGCUAAGGCUGUGAAUGCUGCCAAGUACGGGGUGAUUGGAGUGCUAGUGUACACGGAUCCCAAAGACAUCAACGACGGGAAGAGCUUGCCAAAUGAGACCUUCCCACACUCCUGGUGCCUGCCUCCCUCGGGCGUGGAGCGAGGCUCCUACUUCGAGUAUUUUGGGGACCCCUUGACUCCUUACCUUCCAGCUACGCCCUCCUCCUUCCGCCUAAACUCUGACAAUGUCUCUGGAUUUCCCCCAAUUCCCAUUCAGCCCAUUGGCUUCGAGGAUGCACAGGUCCUUCUCUGUAACCUUGGAGGAAACUUAGCGCCGGCUGACUGGCAGGGAGGACUGGGCUGUGACUACAAUUUGGGGCCAGGCUUCCGGUCGAACGGUACCUUCCCAGAAGACAGCCAGGUGAACGUGAGUGUCCACAACCGCCUGGAGCUGCGGAACUCCUCCAAUGUCCUGGGGAUCAUCCGCGGGGCUGUGGAGCCAGACCGCUACGUGCUAUAUGGAAACCACCGGGACAGCUGGGUUCACGGGGCCGUGGACCCCAGCACUGGUACUGCCGUCCUCCUGGAGCUCUCCCGCGUCCUGGGGACUCUGCUGAAGAAGGGCACCUGGCGUCCCCGCAGAUCAAUCGUGUUUGCCAGCUGGGGGGCAGAGGAGUUUGGGCUCAUCGGCUCCACAGAAUUCACGGAGGAGUUCUUCAGCAAGCUGCAGGAGCGCGCCGUGGCCUACAUCAACGUGGACAUCUCGGUGUUUGCCAAUGCCACCCUGAGGGUGCAGGGCACGCCCCCGAUCCAAAGCGUCGUCUUCUCUGCUGCCAAACAGAUCUCCGCACCGGGCUCCAGCGGUCUCAGCAUCUAUGACAAUUGGAUCCGAUAUUACAACCGUAGCAGUUCCGUGUACGGCCUGGUCCCCAGUGUGGGGACUCUGGGAGCUGGCAGCGACUAUGCCCCCUUCAUUCACUUCUUGGGCAUCUCCUCCAUGGACAUCGCCUACACCUAUGACCGGAGCAAGACCUCAGCCCGGAUCUACCCCACCUACCACACAGCCUUUGACACCUUUGAUUACGUGAACAAGUUUUUGGACCCUGGUUUCACCAGCCAUCAGGCUGUGGCCCGGACUGCGGGAAGCGUGCUUCUCCGGCUCAGUGACAGCCUCUUCCUGCCUCUUAACGUCAGUGACUACAGCGAGACCCUCCGCGGCUUCCUGCAGGCUGCCGAAAACCUCAGGGUCCUACUGGAGCAGCACAAUAUCAGCCUCGCACCUUUGGUGACCGCGGUGGAGAAGUUUGAGGGGGCAGCCACGUCGUUCAACCAACGCAUAGCAACACUGCAAAAGGGCACCUCUGAUCCCCUGCAGGUGCGGAUGAUCAAUGACCAGCUGAUGCUCUUGGAACGGACUUUCCUCAACUCACAAGCCUUCCCAGAAGAGCGCUACUACAGCCAUGUGCUCUGGGCACCCCGGACCGGCUCUGUGGCCACAUUCCCUGGCCUGUCCAAUGCCUACUCCCAGGCGGAGAACACAGGCCACGAACCUGCAGCCUGGGCUGAGGUGCAGAGACAGCUCAGCAUCGUGGUGGCAGCCCUGGAGGGCGCGGCUGCCACCCUGAGGCCCGUGGCUGAUCUCUGA